AUGUCAUAUAUUCCAACGGUAAGCGUAACCAGUGCUGCCGCAGCGGCAAAUAUGAGUUCUGCUGCAAAUAUGGCUGCUGCGGCAUAUUUCAAAAAUGGUGCAUACGCAGCCGCACCGCAUAUGUCAAGUGCAGCACUUGGUUUUACUGCAACACCAGCGCAUAAUUUUUUACCCGGCGGAAUGAGUUAUAUUGGAAAUUCGCUAGCGGAUUGUCAAACGGCUGGAAUAACAGCUUGGAAUGCUAGCCAAGCAGCAAGAAAGCAACGUCGUGAACGAACAACAUUUACACGAAUACAAUUAGAAGUUUUGGAAAAUUACUUUUCCAAAACUCGUUAUCCGGAUAUAUUUAUUCGUGAGGAAAUUUCAUUGAAAAUUCAAUUACCAGAAUCACGCGUUCAAGUAUGGUUUAAAAAUCGACGUGCCAAAGCUCGACAGCAAAAGAAAGCGACAAAACAUGAAGUUGCAUUGCAUGUCGUUCCGGCAUGUAGUAAUGAUGGUAGCUCAUCCAGUAAAACUACUUCUACAGAUAUCCGGAAUGCCAAUGCUUGCAAUGUUGAGAUAAAAACAGAAAGAAGCGAAACAGGUACAUCAGAACAAAGGACUUCACCAAUUGAAAUUGAUUCAUCCAAGCUAACCGUCUUGCCGGCACCAUAUUUUGGUACCAUAUCAUCAUCAACAGCAUAUGCAUCCCAGGCAACUUUUCCGCAAGGAUAUGGCUACGGAGGUUAUCAGGCUACUGUUCCAACACCAAUGGAAUAUUUUCAAUAUCCGACCAGUGCUGCAACAUAUGCUGCAACUGCCGAUCCAUGGAAAUUCAUGAACCAGUGA